GGGAGGGGCGGGGAGCUCGGAUCAUGGCCUUGGGGCUCCCGGGGCUGCCGCCGCCGCCGCCGAUCCGCAGCUCGCCUCCGGGGCCCGGCGCCGACGAUGGGGCUGAAGGCGCGGCGCGGCGCGGCGGGCGGUAGCGCGGCCGGCGGGGCGGCGGCGGCGGCGGCGGCGGCGGCGGCGGCGGGUCCGGGUCGGCGAGCGGCGGCCGGCGGCGGCGUUGGCGACCCCGAGCAGGGCUCGCUAGCCCUGGGCGGCGGCGGCGGCGCCGACCGCGACGGGACGCUGCUGCUGGAGGGCGGCGGGAAGGAGGAGGGAGGCAAGCGGAGCCCGCCGGGGCUGGGGCUGCUGGCGAAGACCCCCCUGAGCCGCCCGGUGAAGCGGAACCACGCCAAGUACCGCCGCAUCCAAACUUUGAUCUACGACGCCCUGGAGCGACCCCGCGGCUGGGCGCUGCUCUAUCACGCCUUCGUGUUUCUGAUUGUCUUGGGGUGUUUGAUCUUAGCUGUCCUGACAACUUUCAAGGAGUAUGAAACUGUUUCAGGAGACUGGCUCCUCUUGCUGGAAACUUUUGCCAUUUUCAUCUUUGGAGCAGAGUUUGCCUUAAGAAUCUGGGCUGCUGGGUGUUGCUGUCGCUACAAAGGAUGGAGAGGGAGACUCAAAUUUGCCAGGAAGCCUUUGUGCAUGCUGGAUAUCUUUGUGCUGAUUGCUUCAGUGCCAGUGGUUGCUGUUGGGAACCAAGGCAAUGUUCUGGCCACAUCUCUCAGAAGCCUCCGCUUCCUUCAGAUCCUACGGAUGCUCCGAAUGGACAGGCGGGGCGGCACGUGGAAACUUUUGGGAUCAGCCAUUUGUGCACACAGCAAAGAACUCAUCACUGCUUGGUAUAUCGGGUUCCUGACGCUCAUCCUGUCCUCGUUUCUUGUUUAUCUGGUUGAAAAAGAUGUUCCUGAAAAGGAUGCUAAUGGGGUGGAGAUGAAGGAAGAGUUUGAAACCUAUGCAGAUGCACUGUGGUGGGGGCUGAUCACCCUUGCUACGAUUGGGUAUGGCGACAAGACCCCCAAAACAUGGGAGGGACGGCUGAUUGCAGCUACAUUCUCUCUCAUUGGAGUGUCUUUCUUUGCUCUUCCUGCAGGCAUUUUGGGCUCAGGGCUGGCACUGAAGGUCCAGGAGCAACACCGUCAAAAACAUUUUGAGAAAAGAAGAAAGCCAGCAGCUGAACUCAUUCAGGCUGCCUGGAGAUACUAUGCUACUAACCCCAACAGGAUUGAUCUAGUUGCUACCUGGAGGUUUUAUGAAUCAAUUGUAUCAUUUCCAUUUUUCAGGAAAGAGCAAUUGGAUGGUACUGCCAGUAAUGUCAUGUUUAGUAGGGAGUCAUUCUUUGGAUCAAGCCUCACAAGAAAACUUAGCCAAAAGCUGGGUCUCUUGGAUCGGGUUCGUGGUACCAAUACUAAAGGAAAGCUAUUUACCCCUCUGAAUGUAGAUGCCAUUGAAGAAAGUCCUUCAAAAGAGCCUAAGAAUAUUGUCUUGAAUAAUAAGGAGCGUUUUCGCACUGCAUUCCGAAUGAAAGCGUACGCUUUUUGGCAAAGCUCAGAAGAUGCAGGAACAGGGGAACCCAUGGCAGAAGAGAGAGGCGACAGUAGCGACUUCCUUAUGGAAGAUAUGAUCCCCACAUUCAAGACAGCCAUCCGAGCUGUCAGAAUACUACAGUUUCGUCUCUAUAAAAAAAAAUUCAAGGAGACUUUGAGGCCUUAUGAUGUAAAGGAUGUGAUAGAGCAAUACUCAGCAGGGCAUCUUGAUAUGCUUUCCAGAAUAAAAUAUCUUCAGGCAAGAGUAGAUAUGAUUUUUACACCUGGACCUCCAUCUACUCCCAAGCAUAAGAAAUCCCAAAAGGGAGGAGCUUUUUCUUACCCUUCACAACAGUCUCCCAGAAAUGAUCCAUAUGUAGCCAAAGCAUCUACAGCAGAUACUGAAGACCAAAGUAUGAUGGGCAAAUUUGUUAAAGUUGAACGACAGGUUAAUGACAUGGGGAAGAAACUGGAUUUUCUUGUUGACAUGCAUAUGCAUCAUAUGGAACAGCUUCAAAUACAAGUCGCCGAGAUAAGUCCAUUGAAAGAAACUGCUUCUCCUGCAAAGGAGAAGAGAGAAGAAAACAAAUAUUCUGAAUUAAAAACAAUAAUAUAUAAAUACACUGAGCAGUGUGCUCAUGAAACUCCUUACAACCUCCAGCAGGUUCCAGUCAACAAAGUCAGUCCUUAUGGUUUCUCAGCACAUGGUCAUAUGACUCACUCACAACCUUUAUCAAUAGGUGGGCAAAACUCUGGCAAACUGCAAGCCACACCUUGCUCAGCUUCAUAUGCAGAAAGGCCAACAGUUCUGCCUAUAUUUACGUUAAUGGACUCCCAAGUUAGCUACCACUCUCAAGGAGACCUACAAAGCCCUUACUCAGAUAAGGUGUCUCCAAGGCAGAGAAGGAGCUUAACAAGAGACAGCGAUACUCCAUUGUCCCUUCUCUCCGUCAACCAUGAGGAACUUGAGCGCUCCCCAAGUGGCUUCAGUAUCUCCCAAGACAGAGACGACUUCCCGUUUGGCCCCAACGGGGGAUCGGCGUGGAUGAGAGAGAAACGCUACCUAGCAGAGGGGGAAACGGACACGGACACUGACCCUUUUACACCAAGUGGCUCCAUGCCUUUGUCUUCUACAGGAGAUGGGAUUUCAGAUUCAAUAUGGACCCCUUCAAAUAAGCCAGUUUAAAAGUGCGUGUGGGGGCAGUCACUGGUUGGCUUCUCCAUGUAAUGUAAGCAUACUUUGUAUAUCUCACUCUACACCCAAAGCUUACUAGUUCAAAACACCAAUGGCUGCAUAAGAUGCAUGUGAUAUUAGUGGUAGUCAUUCUGCACCAUUUCAUACAAUUUACUAAUGCAGUUUUUUUCAUGCUACCAAAACUAAGGAGCUUAGUUUUGAGCAUGGUUUGCAUGACUUUACCCUAUAUAAAUGGUACAGCUGAUUUCUUCUAUGAUACCUAUCUAUCUGAUACUCUUCAAUACAACAAUGGUGAAUUGAUAACAGGCAAGAUAUGGUGGUCCUUGCUACAUUUUGUAAACAGAGCAGCAAAGUAAAAAUAUUGUCAGGAGCAAUAUCCCUUUGUGGAAACGUAACAUCUGAAUCCAGUUUCCAAUAUAAGUAAAUCGAUCUCUAACCAACCUAGCCAAGAAUAUCUAAUAUUCAAAGCAGGGAAAAAGCUGAGUCAAAGUAAAUGACCUUACUGAAAUGAUUUUGUGAACUAGAUGUUUCUCAUGUGAUCCCUUAUACAACUGCACAUGAAAUAUAAUGUCAAAAUGAAAUUAACGGUAGAAUUUAAAAUUAUCAAAGCCACCUCCUGGGACUGAUCAUGGGUAUUUAUUUAUUGUAAAAUGUAAAUAUAAAUCCCUCAAACGACUUUUUGAAAGUCUUCACUAGUGUCUAUAAAAUUGCUCGAAGCAUGACUACGAUGCUAUUUUGUAGAAAACCUUUUGCUAAGCCUAUUUGCUACUUACAGGGCCAAAUUUUCUUUCUGUUCCAAAAAUAAGGUUGUUCAGUGUAGAGAACUCUAGGUUUAUACACUCCACUCUUUUAUUGACUUAUGUGCUGCUAAGUAAGCUGCAUAAUGUAACUGUGCCUCAGUUUCCCAGUCUGUUAAUUGGGAGUUAUACUUCCGUACAUAAAGACAGCUUGUAAGGCUCAAUUCACUAGUAUUUGCCAAGCGCUUUGAGCUCCUCGGAUGUGCAGAGUAUCGCUGUUCUGUUCCCUGGGAGUUCCACAAUGAGGGAUGCUGCCAGGAUCUGUUUCUCUCUGUUUACUGUUUCUCUUGGAAAUAGACUGCUCCAAAUCCAUGAAUGUGUGCCAUAUUCAAGAUCAAUGUACAAAUAAAUACCAUUUUUGUCACCCGUCCCUGAGCAACAGAGGGAUAAGUAUGCUCUCUAGGCCUCAGCCAAAUAUUUUUUCAUGGGAAUUGGAAAUUAUGUUGAGGGAGAGCAGGAAAACGAUCCAAGCCACUGGGAACAGGGAAGAAAUGAAUCAAAGAUCUCACCACUACAGUGGGAAUGUAGUAUCUAUACAGCUAGUGAAACUAGCUUGUCCAAAUAUACUAUGCAGGAUUGAGUUGGUGUCAAUCCAGGUGUCCAUGAAAUAGUGUCCAUUGAUGUCAAGUUCGAUGGCUAUACACUCUUUACAGCCGGUGGAAAACUAAUCAGUACAGUUGGUGAGCAGAGGGUACGAGAACCAAGACACACAUCAGCUUUAGGAUGAGAUUAAUCUGAUCUUUAAUUCAAUUAUCUACAAUGACCAAACUUCUACCAACUUCAAAUGGAACAGAGGGUGACUUGCUUAGAUGUCAGAUGAUCAGAGACACCCACAGUCAGUGGGAAGGCUUUCACCCCUACCCCCUGAUCCAAGGUGCAGACUCUUUGCCAUGGCUCUUGCCCACCUCCUGUUGAGAAUAACCCCUGUCACUCCACACAGUGACUUCACAACCAUGGCUAGAACACUGACCAACACAGACACAAGGGUUUAGCCCAUGUAAGAUGUUAGAAAGUGGGCUUCCUGUAGUCACUGCUUGUAUUAUACUGCAGCUGCACAACUGAGCAUCCUUGGCACAUCCAAUCAGAGCACGAGAAAGAGACACACUUUAUUGGGUUUCCUGGUACUUACUGGGUAUUGCACAGGUCUGGAUAGAGUGCACUUCAAUGGAAGAUACCUUGCUGGGUUUUGCCCUCUGUAGUAAACUUCAUGUUUGAUUCCUCAGUAUCUUUGCUAUCUUGUAACAGUCAUUCCAUCCAGGGAGGUUCUAUUCUCUUCCAGAUGUAGGCAUUGCCUUCAUCUUCAUUGUUUAUUCUCGAUUUAAAGAGACAUCUAAAGGAUUAAGAUCUUCUUACUUCAUCUGCUUCUUCAGCUAAAUCAUGAUACAGCCUUCUGAAACAGAUCUUCAGGGAGAACAAAUUGCUGUGGUUACUUGAGUAAAUAAUGCAAAGCAGUUACAACCUUUGAAGACUGGGCUGAGUCCAUGGAGCUGUUCUGAGCCCAGUAACUAUGAUGACAUGAGGCACAAUUUUGGUAAUUACUUAAUUGACAAAAUAGCCAUUGACCUGAAAGAUAAUCUGUGUUUGGUGCAGUUUCAUGUCUAAACUUGAAGAGAAUAAAACUAGCCGACAAAAGUGUAAUUCAUUAUAAUUUGGCAUAUUGAGAAGAAUUCUUUGGCCAUCAGUGAUUCUUGGAAAUACAUGUAUUGCACCUGAUGCCAGCUUUCUGAUAUACUAAUACGUAUCUGUGGCAACUUGUAAGAUUUAACCCUCAAAUAACAAAUGAAUGAAAAAACUGAAAACUGAUUUUAACAUUGCUAGACUUCUUCUGAAAUUGGUAUAAGUGUAUGCUAGACGAGCCUGCUUCACUUUUCUUAUAUGUCAAGUGCCUGGCAUUACUACUGAUUUCAUUUGAGCUUGGCCCUUCUUAAAAUGCCUUCUUGAUCUGAGCAAUCAAAAAUCAAGGCAGCCAAAAACUAAGUGCAAUCUGAGAAAUUUGUGAAUGUCUGACAGUAGCUACGCCAUGCAGUUCCCUGCCCUUAAAUUCUUCAGUUCAGUUUUCUAAUCUCUCCCAUGCCAGGUCAUAUAAAGGGAAUCUUUCCUCAGGAUUAAACCUGGCUGAAAAUCCUUAAAUCACCUCAUUAUAAAGGUAUGUUCGUUGCAAAAGAAAAUCCAAGCAAGGGCAGAGACUUGGAUGAGUCUUCCCCAGCACACAGAGUGCAGUCCCAGAGAAAGCGCGAUUUGGGCUGCCCUGCACUGUGUACACUUGGCAGCUGAACUGCCUUCAAGUUAGCAUUUUCUAUGGGCUGUAAGCACCAAUUUGCUAUAUACAGCUUAAAAGCACCAGGUCGGGUAUUUGUAGCCACAUCAUGAAAUGUUUAAUGACGUACUAACUAGCCAGAUAAGGUCUGUCUCUUCUUAAAAGGCACUGAUGGUAAGCUCAGCAAGACUCUCUGCAGUGGACAUCUCUGGAUCCUCUGGAAGACACCCAAGAAUAGGGUCAAGGAAGAUCUGAUUAGCUUAUUUUAAUAUUUAUUUUUUCUAACACAUUUCUUUGCACUGGAACCAGUCACUGCUCGAUUCAGAAGGGUGAUGAUGUGCUUAGCAGCUCUCUGCCUCCUACAUCAUCUAGAUUAAAAAUAGGGUGUGCAUCAGGUCUGCUGUCUGUGCUGACAACAAGUAGGUGUCAAGAUGUCAUCAGCAAGGUGAGAUCUGGACACCAGCCAUGAUCUGGGAUGUGCACACAAACUUCAUCAGACUCCAGUUCAGGUUGAGUCCAGGCAGUGCACCAACCUUGGAACUGCAGAGUAUAUGCCUGCCAUAGACACUGGACAAAACAAAAAAAAGUAUCUGUGAUUAUUGACCAUGGCAACAUUUAAAAGGUCAGGACCUCUUUUACGGAAUAGGUUCAGCACAUACAAGGAAUCAUUAUUCACAAUAUCUUUUGAGAGGGACAUCUGAGUCAGUAGUACUCUUCAUACUAGGAUGGAUUAGAUUUAUCCCUUCUUCCAUUUGUGUGUGACAUUUCAGUUUAACAGCUAUCAAUUUUGUUUGGGUCCGAUCUUGCUAGCAUCUAGACUGACACUGACACUUUGUUUACAUAUAGUUAACAUUAAAGAGAAUUAACCAUUGGAAUCUACUCUUUGCAGACUUUUAACUCCUAUGAGUGACCAAGGAUUCAUUUCAGGCCUUGAGAUGUUUUUCAUAAUCAGAAAGUGUGGUGCUUUCCUCUGCUCUCCUUGAAGUCAGUAAGAAAACUUCUCAAACUGAUGUGGUGGGAGCAGGACUGAGUCCUAAUCUGCCUUUAUUUAUGAAUUUCCUUGUGAAAGACAGCACUGCUCUGGAGACAUUUUUCUUGGCUACAUUUUUAUGUUGAUUUUUCAGUCACUAAUAAAUGACACACAUCUGGAAAUUUUUGAAAAGGUGAAUCUGUGUUUACAUUGUGCGCCUCUCUUUGCAGCAUUAUCAACCAAGCUUCCUUCACUUUAGAUUCAAACUGAGAAUAUUUCAUUAAGGCAGAAGUGAAUGUUUAGUGGAAGUACACCGGUAUAGAAAAUGUGGUUUAUGCUCCAUUAAAGGAGUUGGUCCCUUAAAAAAAAAAAAAAAAUCUAGUCAGGUAAUGGCUCUUGUCCCUGCCUUGGCUUUUCCCUGCACUGAAUUAAUCAGUCUGGCUCCUAUCAAAAUAAAAGGGAAUUCAGCACCUGGAGAGAUUGACUGAAAAGUCCCUAGACUGCCUUUGGCUAUAUUUGCUCUGUUUUUGUCUGUAACUUUGCUGCAUCGUUGCGGUUCAGAGUGGAAAUAGUUUCAAAUUUUUCUGUUUCAAAAUGCAGCCAAGCAGUGCUGCAAACUAACUCCCACCUGAACCUGUGCGUAGCGGGGCUGCUGACUUGUGGCCUUCAGGCGAGCACUGUGGUCCAACCAGUUUGCAAGAUCACAGCCUAAAGCAAUCAGAAAAUGCAGAUUAAGGAGCAAAUUCAGCCCUGCUGGGAGCCCAGUCGUUGCAGGGCUGUCACACCUGCUUAUAUCAGAACUGAAUUUGUCCCGCUUAGUGCAGAGCAUGUGAAAAAGAGAGCUGAAGCUUGUUUCCUUGUGCCCUGCAGCCCCCACCACUAAGAUUUAGGUGCCUAAGAGCUGCAAACCUAAAUUUUCUACAGCACCUCAUGAAUUUGGUGUAAACCCCUCCUUUUUCAGGAGCCCAGCUGAAUGUGGGUGUUCACUUUCGAAGACCAUUUUCAGAGGUGCAGAGGAAAAAGGGGCCAUUUUCAAGUGUUUUUAGCUGGGCACUGUGGGAAUGAGGAUCCUGGGUAUCACUAUUGCUUCUGAUUAUUUAGGCUGUAAGAUUUGAUCCUUCCCAAUUCAGCUUUUAAUAGCUUCUCUCUGAAGUUAAGUGAAGCAAAAUACUGGAAGUGGGAUCUUAUUUCCAUCCUCAAGAAUAUGCUGAGACUGAAGGUUACAUAGCCAACUGCAUUUUGUUUUCUAGUUAUGGCAUCUUAUUAUUACUAGUAUUUGUGCCUUGCUCACCGAAAUUUUCUCCAUGCUACAAAGAUGCUUUUCAGAUUCUGGCUGACAAGGGAACACAACUUUUAUACAAGUGGCCUUUAGUGCUCUUUAUAAUAUUAUUUAUUGUAAUUUUUAAACUGUAUGUGUAAUUUAUAUUCUGGCACUGUCCAAUAUUUGAACAACUUUAAUAUGUUUAUUUCAAUAUAUUAUGCAAACAAUACUUCUUAACUGAUUUUUUAUGUUCUGUCUUUAAAAACUGCACCACUUAUUAAUAAAUAGAAAUUUCAAUUAUGA